GGAAACACUAAAAACACUAAAGAGCAAGAAAAAUCGGUUAAAAAAAGUACAACCAAAAAAGCGUAAGCGAAAUGGGAGUAGUGGCCGCGAUCGGAGUUCUGUUGCCAUUUCCGUUCUACUGGUGGCUGUGGACGAAUCCUCAGUCAUGGGUGAAUCUCUGCGGCCAAGGAAGAGACCCAUCGAUGGUGAUGGCGCGUGUAUCUCACGUGCUCAAGGCCGCUCAGCUCCUCUCUCUCUUCUCCGUCGCCUCUCUCUCCUGGCCGCCUCCGCUCUACUUCUGGCCCCUCAUGGCCUUUGGCCAGUUCCUCAACUUCAGGGUAUAUCAACUGCUAGGUGAGGCUGGAACUUAUUACGGUGUUCGAUUCGGGAAGACGAUACCGUGGGUCACAGAGUUCCCAUUUGGAGUCAUCAGAGAUCCACAGUAUGUUGGGAGUAUCAUGUCUUUGUUGGCUUGCCUCUCUUGGGUUCCAUUCCUGUACAUCCUCCUCUGGUGCCUCGGCUACGUUUUCAUGAUGCUUGUCGAAUCUAAAGAGGAUCCAAGUGCUCGUGCCAAAUCUGUCUCCUGAUUCCUCUGCAUAACACAACUAGUUAGAAGAGCUUAGCUCCCAUCAUGAAAGCCACCCACGAUCUUGUUGUUUGAUUGUUUUUCUCUCUGAGAGUCUCUUGUACCCAAACUGAUUUUACAGUAAUGCAGUUGGAGUUUAUACAUUUUCUCAGAGGUUUCGGUAAUCUACGGAAUUGUUGUUGAAGCAACUAUGAGAUUAUCUUUCCCUAUGUGCCAAAG